UGAAUUUCCGCCAUGUUUGUUGUUGUGCUCGUAACCUUUACUCGUGACGUUUCCGUUCUACGGCAAACAGAGCGGGCCAGGGAGCGGUGAAUGCACAUUAUAAACAGACACGCUUAUGGAGAAUUGUGUUAUGUCCACGGAAGGCUCUUGAAAGCGAGUAAAAAUGGCUUUACAUCAACUUCACGACGUGAUACGGAGAUGUCAAGCGAUUCCGGAUGAUGGCUUUAAAGCGGAAGACUACGACCAGUUCCAGAUGGCAGGCCGGUCCUGCCUGGAGGAAGGGAAGACAGCUGAGGUGCUGGACAUCGUAACAGAUGAGAAGAACAAGGAGAUUGUGAAGAGUAUGGGCUGGAACCUGCUGGGCCCGCUUGUGAAAAUUGUUCUAAGGAAGGAAGCAGAGAGUCUCCAGCAUUGCCUGACCACACUGAAACAUGUAUUAGAAGUUUGUAGUCCUAAAGAGCUUCUGGUGGGCCUACUUGAGCAGAUUGAAGAUGCUGAUGUGGAUAACAUAGCAGAAACUAUCAUACUGCUUUUGCAGCCUCUACAGAUAGCUCUUCUAAAACUGGGCAAGAAGAAGGCCUCUUCACUGGGCAUGUCUUUGUCAACAGUUCUGAAUCAGAUCUCCCAGCUCCCAGUACCCUACACCAAAGAACAAGAAGAGGACGAUGUCUAUGGUCUUUGCCAGUGUUGCGCUGCCCUGAUUGAGUUUGUCAAGCCGUUCGUGGAUGAAGUUGAUCGAGGUCGAGAGAGUAAGGCAAUCGUUGCCGAGAAUGAGCAAAGAACUGAGCUGCUAAAAUUCUGUAUGAAGAGCUUGGGCAACCCUGUGCUCCAAUCACAGCUUGACAAGGUCCCUGAUUCUGCAGAGGACCCCCCAUUGAGACACUUUGCUACCGAAAUCCUAGUAAUUCUGUCUUGCAUUGGGGAGUCCUUCCCUGCACUACUCCUUCAUCACCUAGUUAAAAAGAAGGUAGAGUCGGGCUUUCUUGAAGAAGAUGUGAAGUACCCCAAGGAGUCUCUGGCCUGUCUCUCCUAUUUGUUGUUUGUUCAGCACAUUGGCAUUGAAAGAUUCCCUACCGUCUUUAGCCCUGUAUUUAUUCUUCAGUUUAAUAUGCAGUACAUUGAAGUCCUGUUGAAAAGCUCAGAAGAAUCGAUGUUAUCCAAGGGUCUGGAAUUGUAUGAGAAGAGCCUGCAGAGGACAGAAGACAACAGCCUCCCGAUGCAGCUUUUGGAAGUGAAGUGCUUUCUUCGUGUGCCGCAGGACUUGGUGACAGUGAUGACGCUAUGUCCUAUACAGCAUUUGAGAACAGAAGCACUUGCAGUCUUUCAGCUCUACAUGGAUAAAUUUGACACGGAAGGAAAGCAUAAAUUGUUCGGGUGCCUUUUAAAGAUCAAUCAACAUGCAGGAGUACAAGGCUACAUUAUAAAAAACAUAAAAAAUCAGAUAGAUUUUUCCUUGAAGCCAGGUAACAGUAAUGUUUGGUUCUCAGGACCACAGCUGCUUCCUCUUCUACAUCUCGUUCUGUCUCUGCCCGAAGGACCCGAAACAGACCUGCUUCAGAACUUCGACAGGAUUAUGGGGUCACUGAACCUUCUGAGGUACUUAUUAAUUCGGGACAAAGAAUGGGAUAACCAUACUGGAAUAUGGACAGAACUCUAUAAGAUUGAAGAGAACUUCCUGAAACUGUUACACACUGGACUGAAGAUGUCAAAGGCACACUAUGAAGCAGAGAUCAAAAACAUGGAAGAAAACAGAAGAAGAGGACCGAAAGAAAGUAAGGGUGUUUGCACACUUACAGUAGGUGGUGAGAAGCUGUCUAAUAUGACUCCAGAGAUGCACCUUCAAGUUCUACAGUCAGCUAUGUUCACUUUUGAUUUAAUAGAAAGUGUCCUGGCCCGAAUAGAAGAGAUCAUCGAGGUGAAAGUAAAACCCUAACCAGAAGAAAAGUGGGUCAAGUGGCACAUUAGUGUCAUGGCUUUUGUGUCUAGAUAUCUUGGUUGUUUAAAUAGUAUUAAAUCCUACAGAAUUCUAAGGAUUAGAAAAGUAA